AUGACAGAUCUCUUGGAAAUGGACGAUGAACCCUUCCCCGCCCAGCCUUCGAGCAAUGACACACACAAUGACGCUUUCGCUACCCUCAGCUCUUCCCUCCCCGACACCAUAAUCCCAGAGUCCCCAAGCUUGGAUGCGACUACAUCAGUCAGCCCUCGUCUAUCGAGGAAUCCAUCUUUCUCUGGCAGUAGCUCCCAGCAUGACGACUGGGAUCCCUUUCCACCGCUAGACCGAUUGACUGUGCUUGAUCUCCUUGACAAUCUCGCUCUACCUCAACAACUGGAAAAGCUUCAGAAGGGAAUAUCAGCACAGACUGACAAGGUCCGCCGAUCCAGAGAUGCAUUCAAAUCCAGAACUCAGCUCGCUCGUGAUCGGAUGGUGGAGGAGUGGCGUCGGCGCGUCCCCUCAGCCGAUGAACAGUUUGAUCGAUACCGGAAAAGGAUGCGACAGCGUGUCGAAAAACUGGGCAGACAAUGGAAUGAUACAAAGGCAAUUACUUUGCGCGAAAAGAUAUCCUUCAUAUGCGGUGUUAUGAAUAUCUUCAUUAGUGGAUACCUCAUUGGCGGGUAUCCUCAUUACUUCCACCUCUGGUACACAGCCCAGCUGUUCUAUUUCAUGCCAAUCCGAUUCUUCACGUACCACCGCCGCGGAUACCACUAUUUCCUCGCCGAUCUUUGCUACUUCGUCAACAUGCUACUUUCUCUUAGUAUUUGGGUUUUUCCCAACUCCAAGCGGCUCCUUACCGCAACUUAUUGUCUGGCCUUUGGUAAUAACGCUGUGGCAAUCAUCAUGUGGCGUAACUCUCUCGUAUUCCACAGCUUUGACAAGGUUACAUCUCUUUUCAUUCAUAUAAUGCCGUGUGCUACACUUCACUGUCUUGUUCAUUUAUAUUCUCCCGAGGACCAAAGAUUGAGAUUUCCUGCUAUCUGGACUAUCAAAAACUCAGCUCCUGGUUCUUCCGCCGCCUACGCCAAUGUUAUUUCAAUGCUCGCGUGGAGUACGAUUCCGUACGCCUUUUGGCAGUUGAGUUACUAUUUCUUCAUUACUGUUCGUCGCAGAGACAAAAUAGCGGCAGGCCGGCCCACGUCCUUUACGUGGCUUCGACGGUCUUAUUCCAAAACCUGGAUUGGAAAAUUCGUUCUUUCCCUACCACGACCUCUUCAAGAACCGGCUUUCAUGAUGAUACAGUAUAGCUACGCGGCACUGACAAUGCUGCCUUGCCCUCUCUGGUUCAAUAGUCGACUCGCCUCCUCCGCAUUUCUUCUUGUUGUUUUUGCGUGGAGCAUUUAUAAUGGUUCGACAUAUUAUAUCGACGUCUUUGGCAAACGCUUUCAGAAAGAAUUGGAGGCAAUGAAGGCCGAGGUGUUGAAGUGGCAGAACACCCCAGAGCUUAUGUUGCAAUCACCGUUGUUGACACCUCAUACCGAUAUUGUUCCAGCAUCGGCGGUGGGACAGCAAUCACAGUCGUUAGACCAGGGGCCAGGUACUGUUAGGCCCGAUGCCCAUGGUGGUGGACGAUCCCCGGACGGAACUACGAGACUCACCAGUUUGGACAAGAUUCCCUUGCUUGAUGAGAACAUUGGCGCGGUAACUACCGGCGCAGACGGCGGAGCAAUGGACGUUGCUCGUGAGAGAAAGCUACAAUAA